ACUUCACACUUCACACUUCACACUUCACAUUUCAGUUUCACACUUCUCACACCUCGCAGGGCCAGAGUGGGGAAUAAAAUAAUAAUAAUGGCGCCAAACGCUCUCUACUCUGUCCUUGCCCUGAUCCUCCUUCUCCUCCGCCCUACCGCCGCCGGCCACGACUACCGCGACGCCCUCCGCAAAAGCAUUCUCUUCUUCGAAGGCCAGCGCUCCGGAAAACUCCCCGCCGACCAGCGCCUCCACUGGCGCCGCGACUCCGCAUUGCACGACGGCGCCACUGCCGGAGUGGACUUGAGUGGCGGGUACUACGACGCCGGGGACAACAUUAAGUUUGGGUUCCCGAUGGCGUUCACAACGACGAUGCUUUCGUGGAGUGUGAUCGACUUCGAGAGGAGCAUGGGGCCGGAGCUGGGGAAUGCGCUGAAGGCGGUGCGGUGGGGGACGGAUUAUUUGAUGAAGGCGACGGCGAAGAUUGGGUCCGGCGUGGUGUUCGUGCAGGUUGGCGACCCUUUCUCUGACCAUAACUGCUGGGAGAGACCCGAGGACAUGGACACGCUGCGCACCGUUUUCAAGAUCGAUGGGUCCCACCCUGGCUCUGACGUGGCAGGUGAACCCGCCGCUGCACUUGCCGCUGCCUCCAUCGUCUUCAGAUCACGUGACCCCUCAUACUCUUCCAUGCUCCUCAAUCGUGCCGUUGCGGUGUUCCAGUUUGCUGACAAACAUCGUGGUGCAUACAGUAACAGCCUGCGGCGUGCAGUGUGCCCAUUUUACUGUGAUAACAAUGGUUACCAGGACGAGCUGCUGUGGGCUGCUGCGUGGUUGCACAAGGCCUCACGUAGGCGACAGUACAGAGAAUACAUUGUGAGGAACGAGGUGGUGUUGAGAGCUGGGGACACCAUUAAUGAGUUUGGUUGGGAUAACAAGCAUGCAGGAAUUAAUGUCCUCAUUUCCAAGGAGGUGUUAAUGGGAAGAGCAAACUAUUUUGCAUCGUUCAAACAAAACGCCGAUGGAUUUAUUUGUUCGACGUUGCCUGGAAUUUCACACCCUCAAGUUCAAUAUUCCCCAGGUGGGCUUAUCUUCAAGGCUGGUGGAAGUAACAUGCAGCACGUAACGUCCCUAUCUUUCCUGCUCCUAGCUUAUUCUAACUACCUAAGCCACGCCAAUAAGGUCGUGCCAUGUGGCGGCACUACUGCCACCCCUGCUUUGCUCAAACGCCUUGCUAAACGCCAGGUCGACUACAUUCUUGGCGAUAACCCAUUGGGAAUGUCGUACAUGGUUGGAUAUGGCGCACGCUACCCGCUGAGGAUACACCACCGGGCCAGCUCGCUUCCCUCAGUGGCGGCCCACCCGGCCCGCAUUGGCUGUAAAGCUGGUUCUCGCUAUUUCUUUAGCCCAAACCCCAACCCGAAUGUGUUGGUUGGGGCCGUCGUGGGUGGGCCCUCCAAUAACACAGAUUCCUUCCCUGAUUCCAGGCCUUUCUUUCAGCAAUCUGAGCCCACUACAUAUAUAAAUGCCCCGCUCGUGGGCCUUCUCGCUUUCUUUUCAGCCCACUAUUAACUUUGCAAAUGUAUCUAUGAUUUCCAUUUCCAUGUGGUGCGCAAAAUGGUCACCCUACAUUGCUCCUAAGGGAAAAAAAAUCAAAAUUGAGAAAAAUGGAGAAGAGUGUCAGUAAUAGUAUUAUGGUUUGUGGUGGUUUUCUUUUCGCAAGUGAAGUGAUAGUGCAAUUUGUAUACAAUAGGAUUUUAUGUAAUGGGGCAAUUCUAUUAAAUGGAAAGUUUAUGGUCUACAGAA